UGGUCCAGCCAAAUUUGGGAAUGGCCUAAUUUUUUAAAUAUUAUACUCCGCAUGUAUUUAUAUAUUGAAGUCCAAAGCCCAAAACUCCCUAGCCCAGUAGCCAGUACUCCAGUAGCCCUCCUAUUUGUGAACUACGGAAAACUUCCGUGCCCAACUCUCAGUCUCAAACCCAAGCAGUAGCACGACAGAGAGAGACGCCGUCGCCCGCCUGCACGCUCCACUGCUGCUUCCCGCUAGUCACCGAGAGAGAGACGCCGCUGCCCGCCAGACGCCACCUCGACGGAAAUUCUCCAGCCUCCAGGUCCCGGUGUCCAUGUACGGAGGAUUUGCAGCGGCUUUUCCAGGAAUGGCGUCUAGGGUUACAUCAAAAGACAUUCAGGACAUCGUCUCCAAGCUGUCAUCUGAUAAAGCCAAGCUUCGAGAAGAAGGGGUGAAGUUGCUGAAUACAUGGCUUGAUGGUGAGAGGGCAAUGGGGUUUUGUAAAUAUAUUGCAGAGAGGACUGCAAUGCUUAAACCCAACGAAAUUCCUCAUUCUGAAACAUGGCCUUUUCUGGUUGAGUUGCUUAUGAAAUGCGUGUUGCUGGAGAUAUCUGGAAGCAAGAGACGGCCACCAAAGUUGACAUUUGCAAAAACACUUCGCAUUGUUGUGCAAAGGGCAGAGGACUGUAGAUUUUCAGGCAAGUCUAUGCUUCUUCUCCAUGUCGUAAAGUUGCUCUUUAAACACUUAAGUGAUGUUCUAAGGGAUGUUCCUAGUUUCCAAUCCGAGUAUAGCACUAUUCUGCGGGAUCUUUUAGCAGUACGACAUUAUGGACUGCACUUGAGGAAACGUACUUAUUUUUGUCUUGUGCUUCUCUACAUGGAGAAAGUGCAAACAAGCCUUUGUGCAAAAAAUGAUGGUCAGUUGAAUCCCAAAGAUGAGACUUAUCGAUGUAUUCUCACACUUCAUUCUCUUCUUGAAACCCCCCCUGGAGAUUUUUCUAAUGAGCUUCGAGAGCAUAUAUUAAUGGGUUUUACCGGAAUAUUUACUCAGAUAAGGGAUGAGGGAAAGGUUUCACAGAAGCUACUAGAGUGCAUUAACACAUAUUUGCUAAUAGAUGGUCCGAAUUUGGGUCCUAAGUACUUAGAAAUCCAUAAAGCUGUGCAUCAGUUUGUGUUCCGCUUUUGGACAACUACACGUGAUCGGAAUCUAAAGGACUCAAUUGUGCUCUAUGCGAGGCUGCAAUUAAAUUUGACUAGAGGUGCUACAGACGGGGGUGCUUUGUUAGAACAACUUAUGGAUGUUAUGUGCAAGGAAUUGGACCAAAUGAGUAUAUCAGGCACCAAUAUCCCUUGGAAAGACUCUGUCAAGUAUGAGAAUUGCCAAUCCUUGACAAAUUCCCAAUGCAGUAUAUUGGAACUUUCUGCACUUGUCUUUUGCCAGGCAUGUAGAAAUACAUCAAAGGCGCAAUUAGCUGAUAAGCGAGCUAGAAGAGAACAUGUUGUUGUUAAGAUAAAAGAGGGGCUCGCGAAUGGCCAAUGGUCUUGGCACGCGGCUCUGUGUUAUCUCAUACAUAAUUUCAGUACCUGCGUCAAGAGGGAUCUGUACAUAUAUUGGCUCGAGAGUAUCUUCGCAAACUUUGAAAGGAUAGUCAAUGACGCCAAUAUCAAGCACAUGCAUGAUGGUCUGCUAUGGACUUUAAGGAGUCUUCAGGGACUUUCAUGCUUGUUGUUAUUCCCUGUUUCCAGUGCAGAAAGGGGAUCACAACAGUCUAAAUUGGAAAAGUGUGACAAAAGAUUGCAUAUGGUAUGGAGCUGUCUAAUGCAUGGGUUGCCAGCAUUAAGUACUGUCACUGUAGUUGUGGAUGCUGCACUGCUGCUACUUGGAAACAUCAUUCUCAGUGAUACAAUGAAUGAAUUCAUAGUGCCCCAAGAUUUAUGGGAUCUUAGAGUAUUUAAAUGCUUGCCAUCAACAUCUGUUUUAUACUUCAUUUCAUGUUAUUUUUCGCGGAGCAGAUCUCAUAGUGACCUUAAGGAUGCUUUGUAUCUCAGACAGACUCUUCUAAGAGCUGUUUUGGUGUUGCUGUACUCUAAGGAAUCUGUUAUGCUGAAUGAGCAAUUAGUGGCCAUGUUUCCUGCUGCUGUAUUUGCACUAUGUACUGGUUAUUCUGCUUUGCCAGGGAAAGGUGGGUUUUCUCCGUUCCACUAUAUUCCUGAGGCCGUGGAUGCUAUGACGAAGGUUCAAGAGUUUGAAGAUGUGAGUCUACAUGAGUUUUUUGAGUGCUCUGUUGAAUCCCUUGCAAAACUUAGCGAUGAAUCUGCUUUUAAGGACAUUCAAUCCUAUUUCUACCCAAGUAUUCGCCUUCCACGACAAAUUAGAGAUCCACUAUGUCACAAAAUGCAAAAACAUUUCUUGGAAGCUAUGGAGAAAAUUGAGAUUGAAAUGAUGCUUCUUCCAGAUGUCAUCUUGUUUUGUGCUCUUUUAUCUAAUUUCAUGUACAACUCAUAUAUUACAGGGAUGAGCAAAAAUUUGACAUUCCUCUCCAAUCUAGGGACAUACUUGCUGACUUUUUUGGAUCAUGCUAUACUUAUUGUGGAGAAAACAUACGAUGACAUGAUUUGUUGUGAUUUGGGAUCAAACACCUUUUUCAACAACACACAAAACAUUAUAGUAUCAUUUGGUUGUUUUUUUCACUCUCCACUGUUUGGGGAGCACAAUGACAGAAAUGGCUUGGAUACUGUACAAACUUCCAUCGUUCAAUCAAUUGAAAGACUUCUGAAGACCCUGGUUAAACUGUAUGACGGAUGUUGUAAUAGUGCAAGAAACCCUUUUUCUCUCUCAGACCAUCCUGGUGUUGGCGUUACUGACUCUGGUUCUCCACAUGAUUCCUGCCCAAUGAAUAGUACUAAGAGUGUAUUCAUUGACUUGGAGUUGGAUAUGGAUACGAGUUCUAAGGAUGCAGACAUUGUUACUUUUGAUGGGAAAGCCGUGAUGGGAAAGAUUGCCUCAUCAGUAUGUCAAAGGAUCGAAAUCAUUUCAAUCAUUUCAAACUUUUUCUUGAUUUUACCUGUUUCUACUUGGGACAACAUAUAUGCUCUAAUGCAGAAAGAAACUGAUCCAAAGGUGCAGGAGAAGAUUAUUCACAGUCUUUGUCUGCAUGGUCAUUGGUCUUCAUCCAGGAUGUUCUUAGAUUUGGUUGCAUCAAUGAAUGCUAUUGUAGACGUGCAGGCAGAGCUUAAAUUGCCAAGCUUGCAUAUACUCGCUUCUACCUGCACCUUGCUGUGCAGUCUGUUGUCUUUGGAUAAUGUCGCAAAAGAUAACAAUGAUGCUUCAAAUAUUAGGAAGAAGGUAUCAGAACAGGGCAUAAUCUCUCUUCAGGAGUUGGUUUGCAAAAUGGCAGAAAAUGAUGCGUUCAACUGGAGUGGCCGGACUAAGCAAAUUGACUGCAUUUGCAAUUUCAUAUUGUUAGAUCCUCAAGUUGGGCAGUCCUUGAUUGAAAAGCUGUUGGUUAUGCUUCGUGAUAAUGAUUAUCGAGUUCGGUGUUUCCUCGCCAAACGAGUUGGCAUCCUUUUCCAAACCUGGGAUGGCCAUUUGGAUCUUUUCCAGGACAUGUGUUCAAAUUUUGGCUUGAAGGUUGUCAUUUGCACUAGAGAGAGACUAGUGACUUCCAGUGAGGUUUUGGCUGAAGGUCCUCAGCCUUGCCAAAUCCUUGAAACAGUGAUUCUUACUUUGAUGCAUAUUGCGCUACAGAGUGAGACAAUAGAGCUGGAGGCUGUUUUUGCGAUAUGCGUGAUUGCUGCUACAAAUCCUUCUCAAAGGGAACUUGUCAGUUCUGUGCUUGACAGUUUGUCGAAGCACUUGCACUAUACUUCCAGGGCAAAGUAUUUGGAGGAACUAAUGGGGCAGAUUCUCUUCUGCUGGGUUGCUUGUGGUGUAAGCUUAGCUGCACUUAUUGAGGCAAGGGGUCUCUUUGUUUUGGAUGCAGAGCCCACUACUUUCAUUCAUUAUUGCUGCAAUUGGCUUCUUCCAGCUUUGAUUAUACAUGGGGACGUCUGCAAUUUGAAUUGGAUUGCACAGAUAAUUAAUCUGCCUCCUUCUGCUAUAGUUAAGAAUCAUUUUGUGCAAAUCUUCUCUGUUUGCAUGGCAUUGCACUGCAGUAAGAACACUGUGAGGGAGAAGGGAUCAGCAGUAUUGGAGAGUUCAAUACUGAAAGUAGGUGAAAUGUCUGAGAGUGAAAGAGAUAAACUCAUAAAGAAACAAAUGGUUGCUAUUGUGAACAAUAUUUUUUCUCUUGCUUCUUGUACUUCAGAUCCCGUGCUUCCUUACUUUUCCAAAGAUACAAUUGCUCAAGCUAUAGUGACUGUUGUUGAUGGAUUCUUGGAGAUGAAUGAUUCUUCCAGAAGCUUUGGCGUCAUUGACAAUAUAAACGUUUUCCGAGCUGAUCGUGUUUUCAUGUUUAUAGUUGAGAUGCACUACAAAAUCGCCACAGCAGCUCAUUACCGGCAUAAGUGCAACUGGCUUGCCGGGAUAGAGGUCAUCAUUGAUGUUUUAGAGCAAAGGGUUGCUGUUUCCAGUACCCUGAGUUACCUGCUCAACUUGGUUGGCCUUUGCAUUGGCCCUGAUGCUUUGUUGGGUCAGUGCUGUAGUAUAAUACUAUCAUUGCUCAAACUUUUUAAAGUAAAUCCAUCAGAAGGGAACACUGGUGCUCUAGGUGAACAGUUUCAGUUUUUGGUAUCUAAGUUGGUUAAGUGUUGCAUCCCAUCUGCUUUUACUGGUAAACACACCGUCGAAUCAUCAUCCAAAGUUCUUCCACUGCUCCAUCAACUUAUCUUGGACGCUCAUCCAUCUCUCUAUGACUACAUCAAAGAGCUGGAACCAUUUCCACGUUUGGAGAUAUUUGAAGGAAUGCAAAGGUUCCAUGAUAAACUAUGCCAUGAUUACUCACCCAGGGAACACUUAAUAAAUUUGGCAAAAAGAUCCCAUUGGCUUCCUCCAAGGUUUCUUUUAGUGAGUCUUAAAUCAUUGCACAUGAAAUUGUUUCCUGGGGACACUCUUCAAGGGUUGAACAAUGAUAAGUAUAUAUUUGAAGAUGUGUGCUUGCAACCAAACAAUGAAAUUGUCAGUGCAGUUUGGGACCUGUUUCACACAUGCAGUUUGGAUGAUACAAACAAUUUUGGUGCAUUAGUGUCUGAUUUUGUGUCCAGGGUUGGUAUUGGUGAUCCACAUAGUCUGAAGACAAGUUUUGUUUGGAUAGAUGCAUAUCAGAAGCGCUUGUAAUUGCACUUCUGAAGCUUCUUAGAAAAUAUCUUAUGGAUGACUCUGUCAACAUAAUCGAUAUAACCUCUCAAGCUCUACAGGGGAUACUUUCAACAGAAAAUGGUCGGAAAUGUUUGUUAACUUUUGAUUCGUAUCAUAGGUCUCUUUUGGAGGUUCACUCAAAAGGGGUUAAUUUUGACCUGGUUCAGAAACUCCUUGGUGAUCUACAGAGAAAGUAUAACACUGGAACUAUUGCACUGGAGAGUUUUACAUUAUGGAUAACUGAUGAGAAAACUUUUGAGAUGUGGAUAUGCCCACUAGUGUCUGCCCUAAUCGGAUAUUGUGAUGACACUAUUCUAAGAUUGUGUCAAGAAAUUGUGUUGAUGAAAUCUGAAGUUGCAGAGCUUCUAUUUCCAGAAGUGAUUGCCAACAUUUCAAGGAUAGACGCAGCUGUUGAUCUUUGCCAGCUAAUGUCUACAAAGGUGCAGGAAAAUAUUUUUACUGAGAGCAACAAGCUAACAAAAUCAGUUCAGGUUG